AUGGUGGGGGUCGACACGGAACGCCGUGCAUCCCCCGCGCGACGCCGCGCCGUGACGUCACGGGGGUCGAAUCAAUAUCACACCGAGUGCCCUCCCUCCGUCGUCGUCGGUCCUCGCGCGACGGCAGACGGCCGACCGCCUCAGUACGAGGUGGCCCCCGCGACUGUACGGGACGACGACGACGGCACGUUCCGGCAGCGUCGUUCCGACAACAACGACAACAACGACGACGACGACGAACGACGGGACGGUGGCGGCAACAAUCACGGCCACGAUUACGAAAACGACGACACGCCGAUCCGUUCGACCCCCGACUUGUAAAGAACCGUGCUGAUCCCCGCGAUCGGUCCCGGUGCCGUGGGUGCAGGAGGAAGGCGAGGAGAAAGGGUGGAAACGAAGAAACCAAGCAGGCAGGGAAGCAGCGGGCUCGGUGAGUUGGGUGAAAAUCGAUGGCCAUCAGCGCCCAUGGGCGGCCUCGCGUUUAGGACAAGGAAUAGCCCCUCCCAGAAGACCUCGCUCCGGUGGGGCGACUGCUGCCCCCCAAACCUUAACCCAGCGUCGUCGUCGGCCGUCUGGAAGCACCGUCAUCAGGAAAUGCCGCCGGUGCCCGUAUAUCCAGACGGUCCCAAAGCGGAUCGGCCGCCGAAUUUCUCGGACCUACGUCUCCGUCAGCUCGAGCUCGCGCCGGUAGACACUUAUUCCCCGAAAAUGAUCAACAUCGCCGGGGUGGUCUCCAUCGUUCUCUUCUACCUGCUGAUCCUGGGCGUGGGAAUAUGGGCGGCCAGGAAAAAGGAGGCGGGCAACGACUCCGAGGAGGAGGUCAUGCUGGCUGGCCGCUCCAUCGGGCUCUUCGUCGGGAUAUUCACGAUGACGGCGACCUGGGUCGGCGGUGGUUACAUCAACGGUACCGCCGAGGCAAUCUACACCAGGGGCCUGGUCUGGUGCCAGGCACCCUUCGGAUACGCCCUCAGCCUCGUUUUCGGUGGUAUUUUCUUCGCGAACAAGAUGCGACAGCAGGGGUACGUCACGAUGUUGGAUCCGCUUCAAGACGCGUUUGGGGAGCGUAUGGGCGGCCUCCUCUUUCUGCCUGCUCUGUGCGGCGAGGUCUUCUGGGCGGCGGGUAUCCUCGCGGCCCUCGGUGCCACGCUGGCGGUCAUCAUCGACAUGGACCAGGGCACCUCCGUCAUCCUGAGCGCCUGCAUCGCGGUUUUCUACACUCUCUUCGGCGGUCUCUACUCCGUCGCUUAUACCGACGUCAUUCAGCUCUUCUGCAUAUUCAUCGGUCUGUGGAUGUGUAUUCCGUUCGCUUGGGCCAAUCCGAAGGUAGAAUCUCUUGGUUCCAUGGAUGUUGAUUGGAUCGGCAAAGUUAACCCCGAGGAGUAUUGGUAUUAUUUGGAUUACGGUUUACUUUUGAUAUUCGGCGGUAUACCUUGGCAAGUGUACUUCCAACGCGUCCUCUCGUCGAAAACCGCGGGAAGAGCUCAAAUAUUGAGUUACGUUGCCGCUGCGGGUUGCAUCCUCAUGGCCAUUCCCCCCGUCUUGAUUGGAGCGAUCGCCAAAGCAACUCCUUGGAACGAGACGGAGUAUACUGGUCCCUAUCCUUUCACGGAGGCGGAGACCAGCAUGAUUCUGCCGUUGGUCCUGCAACACUUGACACCGAACUUCGUUUCCUUCUUCGGGCUGGGAGCGGUCUCGGCGGCGGUGAUGUCUUCUGCGGACAGCAGCAUCCUCUCUGCUAGUUCGAUGUUUGCUAGAAACGUUUACAAAUUAAUCUUCCGUCAGCGGGCGUCGGAGAUGGAGAUCAUCUGGGUGAUGCGGGCGGGGAUCGGCGUGGUCGGCGUGCUGAGCACCGUGAUGGCCCUCACGAUACCGUCGAUCUACGGCCUCUGGUCAAUGUGCUCGGACCUGGUCUACGUGAUCCUGUUCCCGCAGCUACUGAUGGUGGUGCACUUCAAGGACUACUGCAACACCUAUGGCAGUCUGUCAGCAUACAUAAUCGCCUUUCUGGUGCGCAUCAGCGGCGGCGAGCCGGUGAUGGGGCUGCCCGCGCUAAUACGCUACCCGGGGUACGACGAGGAGACCAAGACGCAAAUGUUCCCGUUCAGGACGAUGGCAAUGCUGAUAUCGCUGGUGACCCUGGUCGCUGUGUCGUACGGCACGCAGUUCGUCUUCCUGACCGGGCGACUCGCCCCGGGCUACGACGUCUUCAGGUGCGUGGUGAACAUACCGGAGGACGUCGAGCGGGUGGGCCCGGACCCGGCCGAGGGCGAACAGAUGGCGGUCCUAGCCGGGGGCGUCGGCAGACUCUACGGCAGCAAGGACGAAUCGAACGGCCGAGUGAAUCCUGCACUCGAGCCGGACUACGACAUGGAGCCGGGAUGUACGAUGGUCGGCGGUACAGCGGACGGCGUCAUCGGCGGCGGCGGCGGCGGGGUCGGCGGCGCCGGGGGACACCUGGUGCCCCACGUGCCCGGCGGCGCGCCCCGACAGCCGCAAUCCAGCACCGCGUUCUAAUUCCUGGUUCCGUGAUCGGAUGCUGUGACCAACAAUAAGUGCGGCGGUGCGGGUCUCUGUCUUUCGUUU